AUGGCGUCUCAGGUGUACAUCCACUGGACCCUUCUUGGUAUUACAUUCGGUUUUGCAACUAUCGCAAUACUGCUACGAGUACUAAGCAGGGUUCUUACGCGACUGAAGUUUUGGUGGGAUGAUUGGCUUGCCAUCACAUGCUACAUUAUUGACGUUGUGUGGUUGAUUAUCAUCAUUAUCUGGAUACAGAAGGGACUGGGGCAGCAUGUCCACGAUGUGACAUGGGGACCUAUCGAAGAUGUCCUUACGAUCAACAAACUACUCCUCUACGUUGCCGAAUUAUUCUACGCUUUUGCACUAUUCUUCGGCAAGGUCUCUAUUCUGGCAUUCUAUUGGCGAAUGUUCGGCGUCACCAAUAUCAAGCUUCCAAUCCAGAUCCUCUUGGGCUGUUCGGUCGUCUGGAUCAUCAUCAGAACUUUCAUGGGCAUAUGGCAUUGUGUUCCAAUCCAUGCUUUUUGGGAUUCCAAUGCGGGCGGAUACUGCGCUAUCGAUGACUCCAAGUUCUUCUUUGGUACCAUUAUGGUUCACGUCUUCAUCGACUUGGCUAUCCUUUCAUUGCCCGUCGUGCAGAUCUACAAACUCAACUUGCCGAUUAUGCAAAAGAUUGGUGUCAUGCUGAUGUUCAUGUUUGGUGUAUUCAUCUGUGUGGCUGCGGUGGCCAUUAUAGUCGAGUCUGUCAACUUCGACGCAAAAUCAAUCGACUUCACUUGGAACAUUAGCAGUAUUGUUUUCUGGGCCACAAUCGAGGUCAACCUUGUUACCGUGUCAGCUUCCCUGCCCACCUUCCGACCAGCCUUGAACUUCAUCUUCAAACGUAAACUCCCCGGAAGUUCGGCCAUGGAGUCUGGUGUCGCUUCUCACGGGCUCUCUCACCGCGGUAGAAUCUCAACGAAAAACAUGACUGCGAUUCCCAGCGAAGCAGACGAGACUGCGUCAACAUAUGAGCUCGCCGACGUUUCACAUGGAGAAGGCUCUUCUAAUGGGGGAUUCGACCACCAUGCCAUCGACAAGCCGUUCGGUGUAGCUACGGUCAUCUCUGGAGAUACCCAGAGCAACAAGUUCCGUAAGAAUAGUCACGACGAGGAGGGGAUUAUGGUCAAAAACACGAUGACGAUUAAGAUUUCACGAAGGGAGGAUAGCCCGACGAAUGAUGGAUCGGAGGAAGAUAAUAACAAAAGGCAUUCCAGGAAGGAUUCAUACUAA